CUCUCCUCUUAGUGGACUCCUCUGCUCUGCCAAACCUCUCUCUCUUUCAGCUCCUCCUUUUCUGUGGGACUCCUUAUCUCCAAAAUGGCUGCAUCCAUGCGUACCUCUAGAAGUGUGAGAACCAGCUAUGGGAAUGCUGGGAGCGGUAGCGGGCGUGGGGGCGAGUUUGUCAUGGGUGGUGGUCUUGGUGGUAGCAAACGUGGAUUCUCCUCUAGUUCGGCAAUUAUUUAUAGGUCAGUCCCAGUGGCGUCCUCAAGCGCCUCUAUGAUGAGGUCAAGCAUAGGUGGUGGUGGUGGUGGUGGUGGUGGUGUUGGAGGCUUUGCGUUUGGUGCUGGAAGUGCAGGUUAUGGGUUUGGUAGUGGUGGAAGUUAUGCGUUAGGUGGAAAUUAUGGUGGUGGAGGAUUGGUGGUGCCUCAUAUUGCAAACGUCCAAGUCAACCAGAGCCUGCUAACCCCAGUGGACAUUAAGAUUGAUCCCAGCAUCCAGGUGGUCCGUUCGCAAGAGAAAGAGCAGAUCAAGGGUCUAAACAACCGGUUUGCUACCUUCAUUGAGAAGGUGCGCUAUCUGGAGCAGCAGAACAAAAUGUUGGAGACCAAAUGGAAUAUUCUGCAGGAGCAAACCACUACCCGCUCCAAUAUCGACGCCAUGUUCGAGGCCUACAUUGCCAACCUGCGCAGACAGCUGGACGGACUUGGAAACGAGAAGAUUAAAUUGGAGGGAGAGCUAAAGAGCAUGCAGGGCCUGGUGGAGGACUUCAAGAACAAAUAUGAGGAUGAAAUCAACAAGCGUGCUGGAGUGGAGAAUGAAUUUGUUAUCCUUAAGAAGGAUGUUGAUGCUGCCUACCUGAAUAAGCUUGAGCUUGAGGCAAAGGUUGAUACUCUUCAGGAUGAGAUUAACUUCCUCAGAGCUGUCUAUGAUGCAGAGCUGUGUGAACUCCAGAGCCAGAUCAAAGACACUUCAGUUAUCGUGGAGAUGGACAACAGCCGGAAUUUGGACAUGGAUGCCAUCAUAGCAGAGGUGAAGUCUCAAUAUGAGGACAUUGCCAACCAAAGCCGUCAAACCACAGAAGCGUGGUAUCAGCAGAAGUAUAGGGAUAUGGAGGCCUCUGCUGGUCAAUAUGGAGAUGACCUUCGCAGCACCAAGACUGAAAUCGCAGACCUCAACCGUAUGAUUAGUCGCCUACAGAAUGAGAUUGACGCAGUCAAGGCUCAGCGUGUCAACCUGGAGACGCAGAUCGCCGAGGCCGAGGAACGUGGGGAGCUGGCUGUCAAGGACGCCAAGGCCCGCAUCAAGGACUUGGAGGAUGCCCUACAGAGAGCCAAGCAGGACAUGGCCCGCCAGAUCCGCGAGUAUCAGGAACUCAUGAACGUCAAACUGACUCUUGACAUUGAAAUCGCCACCUACAAGAAACUGCUGGAAGGCGAGGAGGAAAGGCUCGGCAAUACAAGUGCAAACGUCUACAUACAGUCGACUUCAUCCAGCGGCGGAUCUGGUGCUGGUUCAGGAGGUGGAAUAGGAAUGGGAGUAGGUGGAAGCAUGGGUAUGGGAAUGGCAAUGGGAAUAGGAAGUGGAAUAGGAAUGGGCGGGGUCUAUGGCGGUCUGACACGCAUGAGCAGCGGCAGCGGCGGCGGCAGUGGCACCAGCACAAGGAUGACAUCAAGAACCAACAUUAGCACUCAACGUUUAUAACAGUCCUCCCAAGCCCAUUUUGUCUCUUCCUCUCCAUCAUCAGGCCACUACUCGAAAAACCUUCCUUAGCUUCCAUAUAUCAACUAUUUGCUGUUCUCUAUACUUCUAUAAUAGUUUAGUUUGAGGAGCACAGACACACCCAGAGAGUCAGAGGGUCUAUCAAAAUCCAAGCAGAUGCAGAGCCAUUAUCAGAGCACAAGCAAGAAGCAGAGCAGAUACUGUACCCGAGUCAGUCCUCUAUUGUGCUUGUGGUUGUCUUUUAGUUGCGAGACACCCUGUCUUGUAGACAGAGAAUCCUUGCAAUGCAACUAAUCGGAGCACGCUAACAUGUUAGGCUGAGGGGGAGGUCCAGAUGUCUGAUGUUUACAAUCAGAAAAUCUAUUACACGGUCCUCUUCUCUGCAGUUUUACAUCUGUUUGCGUGUAUGAAGCAGCCACACACCAUAAAUGACGUACACACGAUCUGUCUGUUUGAGAGAGAGUCAACUCGAAUGCAGACAAAUUGUGAGUUCAUUUUGCAUCCCUUCCGCUUUACUCUGAAUGGAAAAAAAUAAUAACACUGAGUUGCAAAACCAAGUUCUCCACUAAGCCUGGAAUAAAGCUGAUUGAAUCUGG